CCUUGACACGAUCGACAAUGUCAUAUCCCCUGCACUGGCUCCAAGCCACUUUCCCCUCGCGGUCACGCGCCGUCGAGCUCCUACAGCCAGAGUUAGAGAAAGGUGUCAUCACAAAGCAUGAUUUUGAGCUAGCAACCGGAUUCCUGCCUGGGGGGCACAGACACUGGCCUACGAUAUAUGGGGUCGGGGCUACAGGCAUCACCCUUGGUUAUGGGUACUCAGUGGCGCGUCCCAGGUGGUCCCACACAAAACUUACAUGGGGUUCGGGCGCUGCCACCCUCAUAGGGAUGGUUUUUGGCCGGGUCAGACAAGUCCUGGCCCACAGACAGUUCACAGAAGCUCUAGAAAACCCCGCAGGUUUCAUAGAAGCGCUGCACAAUGUUGACCGCAGACUUGGUGGCGAUGGGCAGUUGGGCUUCACGUUGGCACGAAUACGGAAGGAUGCUGCACGUAUCGACACUGCUACUUCUGGGAGUAGUCAAGAGCAUGGUCCUGAGAUGGUCAAUGAGGAGAAUUGGAAGAAAUCUUGGCCUCAUUCUAACGCUCCCGAUGCCGCUUCACCCCAAGCAAAUCAACCAAAGAAUCGCUGGGAGGAAAUACGUGCAGCGAACGCGCGUUCUGCUGGUUAUGUGUCUUCGUGGGACACUAUCCGACAACGUCAUGAGCGGAACGGAUUGCCCAACUCGACGUCAUCGCCGAGUAACGACCCACCAUCAUCUGGAAUGGAUGAUCGAGCAGCAGAGCAAGCCAAGUUUGACGCUAUUCUGGAGGCCGAAAGAAGGAGAGGACAGUGACAGGACUGUCGCGAUUUUGUAUGACGCUAAUGCACCCAUGAGACAAUUCUUUCAAUAAGUAAUGAGUAUCAGUCACCAAUAAUUCAAUGCAUUCAUUAU